GUUUCAGGCCCAGUCUAAACCCUAACCGCAGCUGCAGAGUUCUUGUUGCCAUCGUUCGUCUUCGUUUGUUUCCCGCUCUGCUGGUUUCGUAACUUGGAUUUUGGCGUCAAAAGUUCAGAUAUGGCUGCUGCUUUUGCUUCGAAAUGUUCCCGAGUCGGCCGUUCAUUGUUGGGUGGACUCGGAAAAAAUUUGUCUGGUUCAUUGACCGCAUCGAAUGCGACAGUAUGCAGCAGUUUCAUCUCGCAGCAACAAAGAACUUUCAUACAGAUGAGAACUGUGCUAAAAGUAGUGGACAAUUCAGGGGCAAAAAAGGUGAUGUGCAUACAAGCAUUGAAGGGAAAGAAAGGAGCACGACUAGGAGACACUAUAGUCGCAUCAGUGAAGGAAGCACAUCCUAAUGGAAAAGUAAAGAAAGGAAAGGUUGUAUAUGGUGUAGUUGUGCGAGCGGCAAUGCAAAAAGGUCGUUGUGAUGGGAGUGAGGUCAAGUUUGAUGAUAAUGCUGUUGUACUUGUGGAUAAGCAAGGUCAACCUAUUGGAACUAGAGUGUUUGGCCCAGUCCCUCACGAACUGAGGAAGAAAAAGCACGUAAAGAUUCUUACUUUGGCCGAGCACAUUGCCUGAAACCAAUUAAUCAGAUUGGAGCCAAGGCUCGUAACUUCUCGACGAUGCGCCCAAAUGUGUACCCCAUUGGGAUUUAUUGGAAGAAAGAAAAGGAGUAUGCAAAAAACAUAUGAUAAAUUGUGUUUGGCAAAUAAUAACAGGAAAGCUGUUGCAGUUGCUACUGGCGUUGCUGUUUCUCAGGUUCUUCCCAACAUUCUUCCUCACAUCAUUGCAUGAAAGUUAUAGAUCGUUCUGUGGUCCAGUUAGGCAGUUACCAUAUAUAUUUUGUUUGAAUUUUAACAAACUAUGAUGUGAUCGGUUAGUGUUCGAACCUGGUUCUCUAAUACUCAAAUGCCAUGCUGAAAACUUUAAAUUUAGUUUGAAGGCGUCUUUUGUGGA